AUGCAUUAUGUUCCUGACAGCCAGGCCACAGAGCCGUUGUUGAACAAAGGGUUGGCCCAGCCGAUGAUUGCGAAACCCGAAUAUGGAACUCAGGACCCAAACCAAAGCACAGCUUUGGAUUUCCCUAUGGCAAGCUGGACUUGGGCAAAACCAUACAAGGGCAAGCGAUCUCUGCCUCAAACCAUUGCGCACAGAGGUUUCAAGGCGGAACACCCUGAGAACACGAUGAAUGCUUUCAGAGGUGCCGUUGAGGUUGGGGCCCACGCACUUGAGACUGACAUUCACUUGUCCAAAGACGGCGUGGUCGUACUCUCUCACGACCCAGAUCUGAAACGGUGCUUUGGUAAGAAAGAAAAGAUAAUUGAUUGUGACUGGGACUAUUUGAGUACCCUUCGCACCGUCAAGGGCCCUCACGUACCCAUGCCACGACUCCAAGACUUACUUGAAUAUGUUGCACAACCCGGACUGGAGCAUAUUUGGCUGCUCCUCGAUAUCAAAUUGGACAACAACUCGGACGAUGUGAUGAGACUGAUAGCAAAGACCCUGGCCUCAGUGGAUCCCGGUCAACGAGCCUGGGAAGAAAGGGUAGUGCUCGGAAUCUGGGCAGCCAAAUUCCUGCCUCUAUGCAUGCAAUACUGUCCAGGCUAUCCGAUAUCACAUAUCGGAUUCUCGACCAUGUACGCCCGGCAGUUCCUGCGGGUGCCGAACGUGUCGUUCAAUAUGCUGCAGAAAAGUCUGUUGGGUCCCUUGGGCGCCCGGUUCAUGCGCGAUGUACGCAGAGCUCAUCGCCCACUCUUUGCUUGGACUGUCAAUGACCCUAAUCUCAUGAAAUGGUGUAUUCAACACAAUCUGGAAGGAGUCAUUACAGACGACCCUAAAACGUUUAAGAGGAUCUGCGACGACUGGGACGACCAAAGAGAGCCAGAAGCCCAAAUCACCUGGAUUCAAUGUCUCUACACGGUGUGGAUAUGGGUCAUGAUUGCGGUUUUCUCCAGGCGUUUCCGGCGCAAAUUUCCAGAGACGGUAGAGCAUCUCAUGCAACAGAACAGUCUGAGCGUCAAGAUGGUCGAGGCUGUUGAGGAGUGA